AUGUGCGUAGACACACACACCUAUAUAUUCGUUUAUGUGUUAACGUAUUUCUGCCUCUUUUUGCUUCCUUUUCAUUUUUCUUCGUCCCAUCAAUUUGACACACGUUAUAAAAGGGAAGGGAUGGAGGUGGCUGCAAUGAGUCAAGCGAGUUUGUUGAAGGAUCGGCUUCUGAAUCAAGGGGCCAACCACUUUGUCAUAUUUACUUCCGUGGGUGAAGUGCUGGAGUGGAGUGGUGACUUCCAAAAUGAGGAGAAACGGCUACUUGCCUACACAGUAGCACAACAAGCCUCCACAUUACUUAGGCCUGGGGAGGAACUCAAACGCAUAUCGAUGGUGUUCGACAAUGUUGCGUACGUCAUUACUACGAUUGCCGGCCCAAAUGAACACUUUGGCAUUGUAGUGAAGAGGGCGGUGUCUGAUGCUCUGGAGCAAAGCUAG